AUGGAAAUCAUCUGGCGGGACUCCGCAACAUACGAGCAUGCUCGAUUCGAACGCGUCUACAAUCUUCUCCGUCCCAACCGCUACCCGGCCGCCAUUGUCCGCGCCAAAAGCGAAUCCGACAUCGUCGAGGCGGUCCGACUCGCCCACAGCAAGGGUCUUCGCAUCGCAGUGAGAUCCGGCGGUCAUUCUUUUGCUGUCUGGAGUGUCCGGGAUCAUUCGAUCCUUUUGGAUCUGGGUGAUUACCGCGAAGUGACGGUCGAUGCAGCAAAGCGGGAGGCGCGCGUGUCGCCGAGCACGCAAAGUAACCUUGAUUUACAAUUGAUGAAGGACUAUGGGUUGAUGUUUGGUGGCGGGCACUGUCCUGAUGUGAGCUUGGGGGGGUACUUGCUUCAAGGAGGGAUUGGGUGGAAUUGCAGAAACUGGGGCUGGGGCUGUGAGCAAGUAAAGGCCGUCGAUGUCGUCACGGCAGAUGGUCGGCUCGUCCACUGCAAUACGGAGGAGAAUAGCGACCUCUUCUGGGCAGCUCGGGGCGCUGGUCCAGGAUUCCCCGGUAUUGUGACCCGGUUUCACCUCCAGCUUCAUCCUGCGCCCAAAGUCUUCCGAACAUCGGGAUACAUGUUCCCAAAAACGCACUACCGGGAAGCGUUCAACUGGAUACUCGGUCUUACAUCCACCUUUGAUGAUGGUACCGAGAUCAGCGCCUCAGGAAUGUACCCCGACGGCAAGGACGAGGUCGCGUUCUUCGUCUAUAUGGUCACCAUGAAAGACACGGCCGAAGAAGCGCAAGCCGCCCUGUUACCGGCUCAGCAGACCCGACCCCCAGGUGCCAUCGAGGAAUGGUUCUGUCGCGAGGACAGUCUCGAGCAGGAAUACGCCACGCAGGAGAACGCCUACCCGGGAGGCCGACGAUGGCUCGCCGACAACGCAUUCAUCCGCAACGACGUCGACUUAGCGGCCGUGCUAGAAGACGCAUUUUUGAACCUGCCAGACAACAACUUCACUGUGCUUUGGUACCCGCUUGCCCCGCGUAGUCGCCGUCCGCUGCCGGACAUGGCGUGCAGCUUGCAAUCGGACCACUACUUUGGGGUGUAUGCGAUCUACCAGGACGAACGGGAUGAUGAGCGAUGUCUCACCUGGCAAAAACAGACAAUGGAGAAGGUGGAGCGCUUUUCGGUCGGCACCUUUACGGGCGAGACUGAUUUCCAGCACCGAGAGGCCAAGUACUGGGGCGAUGAGCAGGGACUGAGGCUGGCUGAGAUUCGCAGAAAAUGGGACCCUGAGGGGCGCAUCUGUGGAUAUCUCGACCGGGAAGAUACAUCCGGGGUGGGAGGAUUGAGCAAUCGACCGGGAUGGCAGACUCAGAGUGCACAAUUGUAG